AUGUAUAGCUGCCAUUUAUGUAAGGCGUCGUUAGGGUCAUUACGGAGAUAUGUGAGACAUUUUAGGGUGCAUUCCAACGUUCCAAAUGCAAGGAUUCGAGGCGUGAAAAGGAACUGUCACAGAACUUUCAGUUCGUACUCGCCAAUACUAAAACACAUUCGAUGUGAUCACCAGCAGGAGAGACAAUUCGCGCAGAGAACUGUUCGAGAAAUUAAAUGUGGAUUAGCCGAGUGUGAAAAGCCUGUCGAUAAUCUGAAGCUUUUGUUGUCUCAUCUGAAGGGUCAUCUUUGUCAAAAUAUUCAGAUACAAUGUCCUUUUUCAGAACAAAAGCGCUCUACAAAAGAAGGAACAUUCGGAAGCCAUAUCUCUAGAUACCAUAAAAACCGUUCCGUUUCUAGCAUGGGAGAAAGCUGUACAGCGGUUUAUGAAGGUGCUGAAGUGAGUGGAUUCUCUUUAACAGAUAGUGACUCUGCCAUAUUAGAACUAGAAAAUGAAUCCAGUGCUACGAGUCCUUGUAAAAAUAUAGCAUUGUUGUAUCUAAGGCUUCGGGCUAAGCACCAUGUUCCAGACUCUGUGAUUCAAACAUUCAUUGAUGGACUCUCCAAUGUGCAUUCUCUCAGUCAAGAAAAAUUAAAACUGAACCUGGCAUUCUGA